GAGAGACAGGUAUUCACGGGAGGUGGGGAGGGAAGCACAGUCGCUGCUGGCCAUUAGGACGUCAAAAGGACAGGAGGGGAUGUGUGUUUGUGUGCUCAUGGCUUUCUUUCUUCUCCCCACGAGAACUCGCUUCUUAUUCCAGACGCAGGUGUAGCCUCCCCCCCGAGGUUUUUACACGCCGGAGUGGGAAGAAUAACAUGAUGUUAAACGAGAUGUGGCGCGUAUCUUUUGUGCGCCGUCUGCUCCCGCGGCUGUGAGUGUGAUGCCGGGUCUGCACCCCGCAUAGAUGACCUGAACCGGGCGGAAGAGGCGGAAACAACCACAGCACCUGAUCCAUAAAGAGGAUACUUAUUGAUAACCAUGGCUGACCAGUACACUAUGUUUCUCACCACGGCGCCCCCCCUCCGACGUGGAAGCACACCCUUACCUCUCAAACACCAGCUGCGGAGGGAAGAGGCUGUGUCUGAGGACUGUGAUUGGAUCCCUGGCAGUGAAGCGCCCGUCACGUUGCCCAUCAGUGACACAGCGGUGCCUCGGGAUGAGUCCUUCAGCCAAUCGGCAGUCGCCCAGUCGGCUUUCAACAGCCACAGUGGGGCGUUAAGGAUAGUGCUCCUUGGACAGAAUGGCGUGGGCAAGUCGUCGCUAGCCUUAUCUCUGGCCGGGCAGUCGGACAGAUCCCUGUCUAUAGACUCUGAAACACAAGCAUGUGGAGAGGGAUACGAGUGCUCAGUGACAGUGGACGACGAGGACAGCAAACUCAUAAUUUUCGACAACUGGAAACCGGACCUGUCCACUCUACAGUGCGAUGUGUGUAUUCUGGUCUUCUCAGUGACUGACAGGCGAAGUUUCCACCGCACCGCCCAGCUCCGCCUCCUCCUCAGAGAGUCCCAGCCACACACACCAAUCAUCCUGGUGGGCAACAAGAGUGACCUUGUCCGCUCCCGUGAAAUCAGCUCAGAGGAGGCCCAAUCCAGCGCCAACAUGUUUGACUCCCUUUACAUGGAGCUCUCAGCCUCCCUGGACCACGGGACCACGGAGCUGUUGGAGGCCGCCGUUCGGUCUGCGAGGGGUGACUGCGUGGGCCCCGGCUGGACCGACGGAGACCCCGGUUCAGCCCGGAGAGAGAGCCUGACCAGCAGGGCCAAGCGCUUCCUGUCGGGGCUGGUACCGCGCUCAUACGGUCGGGACAGGGAUCGGGAUCGGGGGCGAUACCGGGAGAUGAGCCGCCACCGGGGCAGCAAGAUCCUCCGACAGAAGUCUCGCUCCUGCCACGACCUCAGUGCACUGUGACACACACACACACACACACACACACACACACACACACACACACACACACACACACACACACACACACACACACACACACACACACACACACACACACAC